UUUCUUUCACUAAACUAUGAAAAUAAAUAAUGUAGCUGUUAAUGGUUCAUUAUUUGUUUAAAUGUAAUGUUAUUUCCAAACCAGCAGUAAUGCGGAAUAUCUGCCUCCACCCUUUCCAAAUAUAAAAAGAUAAACUCUGGUUUUAUUUUGAAAAUGAACUGACCGGAAGUAGACUGGUGUACACUCAGACGCCUCUUCCCGUGUCGCCACCUUCUUUGUCUACGGCCCAACAUUUCGACACCGGUGGAGGGGGGGUUGUCUGUUUUUUUUGUCUCUAGUUUUGAGGAUAUAUUUCCCAAUAUAUCCCCAAUUUUCUGACAUUUAAUGACAGUCGACUCUGAGCUAUUUAUGCCUAAAAAUAAAGCACCAAAAAUGGAUGACCUGGACUACAUCCCGGUAGACCUGAGCCCAGAGGAGCGCUCUGAGCUGGAGGACAUCCGCAGGAGGAAGGGUGUCCUUUUGCAGGAGAUCCAGAGGCUCAGGGAGGAAUUACGAGAGGCAAUUUUAGAAGUAGAGGGACUGGAGACCAGUACAGAGGGCAGCAAAACGCUACAGAAAAGUAGACAUGUGGCUAUGGGACGCAAGAAAUUCAAUAUGGACCCAAAAAAGGGGAUUUUGUUUCUGGUGGAAAACGAGCUGCUCAGGCACACAGCAGAGGACAUCGCACAGUUCUUGUACAAGGGAGAAGGCCUCAACAAGACCGCUAUUGGGGAUUACCUGGGAGAAAGAGACGACUUCAACAUCAAAGUGCUUCAAGCUUUUGUUGACCUCCAUGAGUUCACCGACCUCAACCUUGUGCAGGCCCUGAGACAAUUCCUGUGGAGUUUCCGUUUGCCCGGCGAAGCGCAGAAGAUUGACAGAAUGAUGGAGGCCUUUGCUCAGAGAUACUGCCACUGCAACCCUGGUGUCUUCCAAAGCACAGACACGUGUUACGUGCUUUCAUUUGCCAUAAUUAUGCUGAACACGAGCCUCCAUAACCCCAAUGUGAGAGACAAACCCGGACUGGACCGUUUCAUCUCAAUGAACCGCGGGAUCAACGACGGGGGAGACUUGCCGGAGGAGCUGCUCAGAAAUCUGUAUGAAAGCAUUAAAAAUGAACCGUUCAAGAUCCCGGAGGACGAUGGUAACGACCUGACGCACACAUUCUUCAACCCAGACAGAGAGGGCUGGCUGCUUAAGCUUGGAGGAAGAGUGAAAACUUGGAAACGCCGAUGGUUCAUCCUCACAGACAACUGUCUUUAUUACUUUGAAUACACCACAGAUAAGGAACCACGAGGAAUUAUUCCCUUGGAAAAUCUUAGCAUCCGUGAAGUAGAAGACCCAAGAAAGCCUAAUUGCUUUGAGCUGUACAUCCCCAACAACCGCGGGCAGCUCAUCAAGGCGUGUAAGACGGAGGCUGAUGGGAGGGUGGUGGAAGGAAACCACAUGGUGUACCGUAUCUCUGCACCCACACCGGAGGAGAAGGACGAGUGGAUCCACAGCAUCAAAUCUGCGGUCAGUGUGGAUCCGUUCUAUGAAAUGCUUGCUGCCAGGAAGAAACGGAUAUCACUGAAGAAGAAAGAGGAGCAGCCCUAGGUUACAUCUUUGUUCCUCUUCCUCUCACAUCAUCUCUGCUGCUCGCUCCUCUCUUUAACCUUUCUUCCUCCUCCUCAUUCUUCCUGAAAAUGCUUCCUCUUCCACUUGCAAGGAGCCCUUGCUGUCCCGACCACCAGACUCUGCAACCGGAGCGAAUGGCUUACCUGCUGAGGCUGCCGUUCACAGUACUGCUGUUGCACUCAACUUAAUACAAUAAUCCCAGAGCACAAACAAAUGUUUGCCAUCUUCUCACCAUCACUCCCACUUAAACAGGCUGGAAAGAAUCUAUAAGACUGUAUUCACACUAGAAAGUAUCUAUUUUUUUUUUUUUUUUUUUUUUUUUUUUUUUUGCACACUGGAUUGGUCUGUUGGCAUUUUAUCCACAUCAAAACACUAAUGUAAUUGUUUUGUUUUUUCAGAUUGCUCUAAUUUUUGGGAACGAUGUCCAGCAGUUUAAAAGGUUUACCAUCUGGGCUGAGAAUUGCUGUGAGUCAAGAGUCAAAAUUCAAGAUUUUUCCACCUUGGUGUGAAUACAGUUUUAUUCAGGGUUGCAAGAAGCUGCAAUUUCAUGAAGUCCUAUUUUGUUAUCAUCAGUGCCGCCUUAAUAAGAUAUUCCCGUUGUUGAUUGUGCAUAGCCAAGACAAAAUGUGAAGUACUGACAAUAGGUUUUUAUUCUGAUAGAGCUGUGAAUUUGCAAACUAAUUUAAUACUACAAAUGGCAUAAAAUUCACAUCCAACGUAAAUACUGAAUUAUAGCAAGGAAAAUGUUAUUAAUGUAUAUUUUCACCGGAUUUCAAAGUGGAAACACAGCGAACAGUAUGAACUUUAGCAUGUUUCUUAACAUGUUUGAGCAAUAGCAGAGUAGAGCAUUGUUGGCUGCAGGCUUGUUAAAUCUUUAUUUGUACAGAGCAGCUCUCAUCGUGUCUUUUUAGAAUUAACAUAACGGCAUGAAACACAAGUUUUCUUUUUUGUGCAGCACUACAACUCAACAUCAACUCUGUCCACCAACAUGGGUUUUGUGAAGUCACAAAGGCAGCUCUUUUCGUUGUACACUUUUUGUAAAUAGACGUUAGCAUAUUUGUUUACAAAACACAUAGAUUUGAUUUAAUUUAUUCUUUAUCUUUUGUUAAAAUCAGAUUUUUUUUUGUACGAGCUACUGUUUUACUGCAUGUCGAUGAACGGAUGGAUCAGUCGUAGGUACUGAUGCAUGGUUGACCAAGUUAGUGCACUGAUUUGGAAAGUGUUUGUUUCCUGGUGACAUGGAAAGAUAGCAUUUAAUACUGAAGUUGGUUUGUGCAUCAAGUGAGUGAUCCUGCUUAUCUUUAGAAAAUGAGAUGAUAUGUUUGACAUUUUUUGUUUGUUUGUUUGUCUUUCUUCUUGUGGCAUUCAAACUCUGUAAAGCACAAACAGAGUUUGAUUCUCACACUCUGCUUCUCAGUGUCGAACUUAAAGGGCAUAUGUCAUCAUUUUGAUAAAAUUCUCUGUUUCAAAUAUGUUCAGCUAAUUUACAUUUUAAGACUGAAAUUCAGAAAUGCAAUCCUCCCCCCCCAAAAAAAAAAACAAACAUACAAAUUAUAUUUUGGGACCUAAACCCAUUCAUUAAGAUAUAAGUAGCGAUAGCAAAGUCUUCCACUUGAAUUUGAAUUCAUAAAGGGAAUAUUUAUUUCUGGUGAUUUAUCUUCAGAGGUUGAGGAGUAAUCUUAAGUGUUGUAACCUGAAAACCAAACAAACCGGCACUCUACAGAGAGAUUUAAAAGUGCAUGUGAUGAGUCCAUUCUGAGUAAUUCACCAUCCUGAGCACUUGUGGCAAAAACUGUAAAAGAUAAUUUGACCAUUCAGAUUGAUGCUUGAAUAUUGUAACUCAGAUGUGUACAGGCACAUUACACCCAACAAAAUAACUAAGUUUUAUUGGCACCAUCUCCACAUUUCCAAUUAUCUUCCAUUUAUGUUCCAAUGCAUUAGAUUUGGCUAAGAAAUGUCAAAAUAACUGCCAGAGAAAACUGGUUAUUUUUGCUAACCAUCCAGAUGUGUUGUUUCGAGGGAGGAAAUAAUGAUUUAACUCUGUGGAUAUCAACAGAUGUUUUGCAGCAAAAAAAGACACAUGACAAAUCUUAAUUAGACACUUAAAAAGACACAUGACACAUGUUAAUCUUUAUGCUCACAAAUAGACACAGUCUCCCCACAGUCUUCCUCCAUGUUGUGGUUGUUCCUUCCCUUAAAGCCAAGUUGAUAUUAGAUUUUUUUUUUUUUCACAGAGUUCAGCCAUAUUUUCUACACAUUUUUUAUUACUCCCUCCAACAUAACAUAUUGCUCGGAAGGCAAUAAGAAUAGUCCCUUUAAAAAGUUUACCUUUAAUAAAACUUUUCAUAAUUUGUGCCCAACAAUAGUUCAUUUGACAUGACAGAUCUUAUCAACAUGUUAUCAAUAAUCUUUUGAGAAAUUCUGCAAAGAAUUUGCUCUUUAAGAGUACCUUUGCUCUUAAAAUAUGCUACUUUGCUAUAAAAUCAAUGGAUUUGUUGAAAAUACAUUAGUGUACGUAAAAAAAUAUGACAUAUGCCCUCUAAAGUCUGGGGAAGCUGUUUGAGCUGAAGUUUCAAUGUUAUAUUUGAAAUAAAAAGACAGCUAAAUGAUAAACACUAAUAAUAAACCAUUGAUUGAAAACACUCGUAUUAAAAGUUUAGAUUUGUCUCCAGUCAUGGAUUUGAACCUACUUUAGUGUAUUUGUAUUUUUGAUGCAGCACUUUAUCGAGUUUAGCAUUUUGAAGAAAAAAUUGCUGUUACUGACCAACACUAAUUCAAUAUGGCGCCCUCUGCUGGUAAUCGCACACACUGCAAUAUGCUGAGAAAUGAAUGAACAACCAGCAGAAAGUUUCUCACCAACUGGUUUGAUGGAGAUUUAUCAAAAAAAAAAUGUAUUUCCACUUUGUUUGAACAUCAUCAGCUGACAGAUGUGUUGAAAUGAAGCCAUAAGUCCCAAUUUUCUGGCUUCAUUUUAAUUUUUAUGUACAUCACCGGGACUGUCCGUCCUUAUAAUUUUUAAUGUUCAAAUUUGCCAAAAAAUGGAAACUUUUUGGGUGAAAACAAAAAUGAAUACUGUUAACGACCUUGGUGAAAGAGAAGUUUCUCUCUGCAGACACACUACGUUCAGAAAAUGUUCAUUUUGUAUUUAUUUAUUUUUGUUUACUUGGAGGUAAAGAUGGAUGAAUCAUCUGUACAUGUAGCAAAAGGAAAACCACAAUACAUUGGUGCCAGUAAAAUACUGUGUAACAAUAAAAAAGUAAGUAAAAGCAAACAAAACAA